AUUAUUGUCAUUGCUCAACAAAAGAGGAAAAUGUUUUCCUUUAUCUCUUCAACAUUAUGAGCUUUGGAGUGGUGUAGUGCAGUGAAGCAAUUGUUGUGUGGAAAUGCCUCAAACAUUGAUGAUUUUCCUCAAACCAUUCAUUUCACCUCCAUCUUCUUCUCUUUUGAGUAAAUCAAAUAGUGGUGGGAAUUCAUUGGAUACAAAUGUUAAAAUAUAUAAAAGAGCACAAGUGGUGUGUCAAGGCAUGCUGACGCCGAGAAAGUUCAUGCAGAAGAGGAGGAAAGUAGAGGUUUUCAAGAGUGCUGAGGACGAAGCAGACCAGAAAAACUGGAGAAAGAUGAUGAAUGAAAUUGAAGAAACUGGUUCUUCUGUUUCAGUGCUGAGAAGCCAGAUGGACAAGAACCAGGCUCUUCCGAAGGACCUUGUUCUUGGAAGCUUGAUUAGAUUUAAGCAGCUUAAGAAGUGGAACCUUGUUUGUGAGAUUCUUGAGUGGCUUCGAACUCAGUAUUGGUGGGAUUUUAAUGAAAUGGACUUUCUGAUGCUUAUUACGGCCUAUGGGAAGCAAGGGGACUUCGGUAAAGCUGAAAGGAUUUUAGGUUACAUGAAUAAGAAAGGUUAUCCCGCAAAUGUGAUAUCUCACACUGCUCUGAUGGAGGCAUAUGGAAAAGGAGGUCAGUACGCUAAGGCAGAAGCCAUAUUUCGGAGAAUGCAAACUUCAGGCCCUGAACCUUCUGCUAUUACAUACCAAAUCAUUCUCAAAAUCUUUGUUGAGGGUGACAAAUUUAAUGAAGCUCAAGAAGUUUUUGAAGCCCUUAUGGAUAUGGAUGCACCUCCUCUAAAACCAGACCAGAAAAUGUUCCACAUGAUGAUCUAUAUGUAUAAGAAGGCAGGAAAAUAUGAGAAAGCCCGUCAUCUAUUCUCUUUGAUGGCCGGGCGAGGAGUUCGACAAAAUACGAUUACUUACAACAGUUUGAUGUCAUUUGAGACUAACUAUAAGGAGGUCGCAAACAUUUAUGAUCAGAUGCAAAGAGCUGGUCUUCGACCUGAUGUUGUUAGUUAUGCACUGCUCAUUAGUGCAUAUGGAAAGGCUAGAAGAGAAGAGGAGGCACUAGCUGUUUUUGAGGAAAUGCUUGAUGCUGGUGUCAGGCCAACACAAAAAUCAUACAACAUCUUGCUAGAUGCAUUUGCUAUCUCAGGAAUGGUGGAACAGGCCCGGACUGUCUUCAAAAGCAUGCGAAGAGACAGAUGUAGCCCUGACCUUUGCUCAUACACAACGAUGCUAUCAGCUUAUAUUAAUGCAUCAGAUAUGGAAGGUGCAGAGAAAUUUUUCAGAAGAAUAAAGCAAGAUGGAUUGGUGCCCAAUGUUGUUACAUAUGGCACAUUGAUUAAGGGAUAUGCAAAAACAAAUGACCUCGAAAAGAUGAUGGAGAAAUAUGAAGAAAUGCGGGUCCAUGAUAUCAAGGCUAACCAAACUAUCUUCACUACAAUCAUGGACGCAUAUGGUAGGAAUAAGGAUUUUGGUAGUGCCGUUGCUUGGUUCAAUGAGAUGGCAUCUUCUAGCGUCUCUCCUGAUCAAAAAGCAAAAAACAUUCUCUUGUCCUUGGCAAAAACAUCAGAAGAACAGAUGGAAGCUAAGCAGAUAACAGGAUGUGCCAACGAGCUGAUAGUCGACAGUAUUCCCAGUAACAUCAAUGAUAAUGAUGAAGAUGACUAUGACGAUGAUGAUGGAAGUGGUGAUGAUGAAGACAUUGAUGAAAAAGAGAGCAUUUUGUCAGGAGAAAAAUUGGAUCAACUGAUAAUUAGUGGUAGUGCUUCAUCUCAGACAUAAGAAACUAAUGCAAAAUGAAGCUAGAAAUUUUGUAUAUCUUGCUAGUCUUCUUAGUUUAUACUACUAUAUAUAUUCUUCUCCCUUUUGUAUCUUUGAAAGUAAAAAUGUGAAACAAAAAAUGAAUUUGCCUUUGAAAAUCAAGCAAUGUUCAGCUAAAGGUUUUCAAUAUCAUGAAUUUUGUACAAGGACUAUUGGAGUUGAACCUUGGGACAGCCUUCUCUAAGGAUGCUUUCCCAGGCAUUUGGCGUUUAUUUUCAAGCUUAACUAUUACACUUAA